AUGUCCGAAAUCAACGUCACCGCAGUUUUCAUUCCAAAGCCAGAGAAGUUUGAAGAAGUAGCUACUCUGGUAACCGACGUCAUCAAACAAGUGCAAGAACACGAACCAGAUACACUGGUCUACUACGCAUUUGAAAUCAAGGACAAGAAUGAGAUUGUGAUCGUUGAGAGGUCGCCUCUCACCGGCAGCUCCCCCCGCAUGGAGAGGGCAACCGCGGCGAUCCAGACCCACGUCAAAUCACCCUAUUUCCGAACCUUCUCAAAAAGAUUAUCCACUUUGUUGACGAAACCGGCGGAGAUCAAGGCAGGUGGGUUCCUGAAUGGUUCGAGGGGCGUAUCGCGAUUGUAG